UUUUAAAAUAAUGUUAAUUAUUUUUAAUCAAAAAUGUAAAUAUUAACAAUCUAUCUUAUUUUUCUUUUAAAAUAUAUAUAUAUAUAUUAAGUGCCUUUGCCCUAAACUCAGCCAGAGUCAUAAUUGUGGAAAUGCGGAAUAUCUUUGUUCCUAUAUUAUGUGGAAGAUAAACAGAGAACACAAAUUCUGGUGAAGAGUAGAAGCCUCUUAAGUGUUGUCAUUUUUCAAUUAAUUUUUAUAUUGUGUUUUUACAUAGGCGAGACAUGCACUUAUUACAAUAAUGUUGUAUCUGUUCAAUGAAUUAAGUUUAAUCAAGUUUUGAAGAAAUAAGUAUUUAAACCUAAUUGUCUAUAUUACCUAUUGUGUGGCAUAUAAAAUUAAAAUAAUUUAACUUUUGGAAUCUGAGCAUUUUGUUGACGUUAUUAUAUAUGUAUGAUAUAAUAUUCAUUCAAUUUUCUUUUUAAAUUUAAAAUAUAUUUAGGUCAAUCUUGCACAUGCCAAAAACAAUUUGUGCGUCAAUACAAAGGCAACAGGAAAAGUGAAUCUCCUCUACAACGUCCAUUGGAGAAUAUAAAUGAAAUGUUAAGCUGGAUUAAAAAGAAGAAACGUCGUUUGUUUGAAGAAAUUUAUACAAACCAAGCAUCUAUAAACGAUAUAAAAUCAAUGAACAAUAAGAGUGAUACAUUCAGAGACCUGUCAAAAGAAAGUAUUAACUAUGUAGGACUUCCAAAUUCAUUUUAUAAUAGUACUCUAAAAGUGUUAGAGGAAUAUGUGAGGGAUAAAAAACAAAAAAAGAGUAAAUCAAACAAUAAUAACAAUUGGAUUAAUAUGGAAUUGAUGAGAUACAUCUGUAAUUUAUUAAAAAUGUCGCCCAACGAAAUUGAUAAUCUUUCAGUAUCAUCAAAUUCUGGUAUUCAACUAGAACAAAGUAUUUUAGAAAUAUCUAAAGCCAAUUUGGAAUAUCACAAAGAUAUUUUAAACUAUAUAUCAAAGUGCUUGGAUAGUAAUCUGAGCGAUAUUAGUCGAGACCGGGCUUUAAGUUCGCCUCAAUACAUCGGUUUGUUAGAUAAGCUAUAUAAGCUUGCCGAUUAUUAUACAGAGAAGGCACAAGAAAUGCGGAACAUUUGUUUGGAGUCUCCCAGAGUCGAGAUUAAUAGUUUGGAUAAAGAUGCCUUAGAACAAAUUACAGAAAACAAUCCUAGUUUAACUUCAGAGUUGUCUGUUGAUGGAGCAUAUGUUUUGGAUCAUUUAAGUUCACUAUUAGAACAAAGAGGGUUAAUUUGUUCUGAUAGAGAAUGGCCUAUUUUUGGAAAAGAUGACGAAGAAGAUAGCAGAAGCUUAACGGAUCAGCUUCUAGAUAUUAAACCAAAUAUUAAAGUAGAACAUUCUGAAAAAGGUAGCUAUGACACUUUUAUACUUAAAAUACUGUUAAAUUGUGUAGCUUAAUAUAGGUCAGAUUCCAAAAGUUAAAAUUAUUUUUUAAGUUUCCAAAACACAUUGUCCUCUUCUAAAUACCAUUUAUAAUUGAUUGUAUAUUUGUAUCUAUGUAUAUACUACUGA